AAGAAGAAGAGGCGGAAGAACAACAGUCUGAGCCACUAGCAGAAGGCUGAGCAGGGAGCACCAGAGUCCUGCUGCUGACGACGAGGGUCCCGGGACCGUUCGGGGGGAGUGAUCGUGGGUAAGAUGGGCCGCUGUGCACAUCUGUUCGGAUGGAGCCUCUGAAGGUGGGACGCCGUCAUGAACAGAACACUCUGAGUGUCGAAUACAAGUGUCCGGUCCAGGAAGUGGUUGACAAAACGUGAACGUUGUGACAGUGUCACGUCAUCUGUUGAGGACUCGAACCCGUGUGGGAUCCACAGAGGUUGAAUGCAGAUGGAAUGGAACGCAGUCGUAGACAGGAAUGCUCCACUACCUCCCAUGGCACUGGCCCCGUUCCCACCUCGGAGCAGAGAGAAUCAUCAGGAAAAGGAGAGGGGAAAAGAUGACAACUCUCCACUUGUCAUCAGCCACUUCUAUUACUCUCUUCGAUAGAGAUUGAGAGGAAGAAUCCUCUGGCACAUAGGCAGGACAGUGAGACGUAGAAGACUUCCAAAGCUAAGCCACACUUAAUACGGAAAAGAGAUGGCUUUCUUGGACAAUCCAGCCAUCAUUCUGGCCCACAUCAGACAGUCUCAUGUGACCAGUGAUGACACAGGAAUGUGUGAGAUGGUACUAAUAGACCAGGAUGUGGAUCUAGAGAAGUGCCAGCUGACUCUGGUGCCCGGCAGCAGCUGUGGCUCAACGGGGUCGGGCUCCCUGAGCGAGGAGGGCAGCGGUGUGAGAGAUAAUCAUUCCUGUGACCUCUCCCAGUCCAUGGACAUCACCUCCAGCUGGGACUUUGGUAUCCGCCGGCGGUCCAACACAGCCCAAAGACUUGAAAGGCUAAGGAAAGAGCGGCAGAACCAAAUCAAAUGUAAAAAUAUUCAGUGGAAAGAGAGGUCAUCCUCCCAAUCAGUGGACGAUCUGGGCUCUCUGUUUGAGAAACGUGACUUUAAAGACAGGCCACGGCAGCUGACGGGUUCCAAAUCCACCCUCUCCCUGCGACUGGAGCAGUGUCCCCAGCAGCUCAACAACCCCUUCAAUGAAUAUUCCAAGUUUGAUGGCAAGGGCCACAUUGGCACAACAGCGACAAAAAAGAUCGACGUCUACCUCUCAAUGCAGAUGGCUCAGGAGAAAGUUCACCCGAUGACGGUGGUGACCAUCGCCAAUGCCCGCGUGCACGACCUCAUUGGUCUCAUUUGUUGGCAGUACACUAGCGAGGGGCGAGAACCCAAACUCAAUGAGAAUGUGAACGCUUACUGUCUCCACAUUGCGGAGGACGAUGGCGAGGUGGACACUGACUUCCCUCCACUCGACUCCAAUGAGCCAAUCCACAAGUUUGGUUUCAGCACUUUGGCCUUGGUGGAGAAAUACUCCUCACCUGGCCUCACGUCCAGACAGUCGCUGUUUGUCAGAAUAAACGCUGCUCAUGGUUUUUCGCUGAUCCCUGUGGACAGUCUGAAGGUCACCAUGAAGGAAAUUCUCCAGAAAGCACUCAAGAAGAGGAAAGGCUCACAGAAAGGCUCAGGGCCCAAGUAUCGCCUGGAGAAGCAGACGGAGCCGAACACUGCAGUGGACCUGGACGUGACGCUGGAGAGCCAAAACACACUGGAGUUUUGCCUGGUCAGAGAAAACAGCUCCAGGGGAGAGGAGAGCUCAGAGGAAGACCCUCCUAUUGACAUCACUACUGUCCAAGACAUGUUGAGCAGUCACCACUAUAAGUCCUUCAAGAUCAGUAUGAUCCACAAGCUUCGCUUCACCACUGACGUCCAACUAGGCAUUUCAGGAGAGAAGGUGGAGAUCGAUCCUGUUACCAAUCAGAAGGCCAGUACGAAGUUCUGGAUUCGUCAGAAACCCAUCUCCAUUGACUCGGACCAUCUAUGUGCCUGUGACCUUGUGGAGGAGAGAAGCCCCACUCAUGCAAUAUUUAAGCUCACUUAUCUCAGCAACCACGACUACAAGCCUCUCUACUUUGAGUCUGAUGCUGGGACCGUCAAUGAGAUAGUGCUGAAGGUGAACUAUAUCCUGGAGUCCCGGGCCAGCACCUCUCGGGCCGACUACUUUGCCCAGAAACAGCGGAAACUAAGCCGCCGCACCAGCUUUAGUUUCCAGAAGGAGAAAAAGUCUGGCCAGUAGAUGGACUGCAGCUGUUCAGGCACCUGGCUGUCUGUACUGUACGUACACAGACCAGACGUGAUGUUCUCAUACACAGCAUCAGGCGAAACAGAAGUGGCGACUGACAGACCGGGGCGUCGGGUCAGAGGAGAUGAGAGCAGGAAACAGACCAAGCAGACGUGUCUGCCUCGGCGGAGGUUCCACGAGCAACAACAAAUGCAUUCUUGUUCAUGCAUUCUAAGAAACAAAAAGAUUUGUGGGAUUUGUCGGCUGUCAUGUUGCCAUCAUUUCUUUUUUAUUAUUUUUUUUUUUUAUUAUUCGCUGCCUCUGAAUUUAAGCUCCGUCUUGCAGAAUGGAUUUGUACAGCUUGAAAAUGCUAGUUUGUACACACAACAACAACAACAAUGCUACGCACUACAUUUCUGCUUCGGACCUCCAUCUGUAACAGUUUUGAUAUUACAUCAAAGAAAACUUUCACUUUAUAUGUACUGUACAUUUAUGUAUUUUUUACAUUUAGGAGGUUAAAUAUUAAAUAUGAAUGACCCAGUCUGGAUUUAAAAAGAUCAACACCAUUCUGCCUUGA